AUGUUUGUUAAAUCCAUUAAAAUGAGAUGGACAACAGGUGGUGUUAAUUACAGUUACCUGUUGUCAACUGCUGAUAAAACCAAAUCGUGGUUAAUUGAUCCAGCUGAACCUUAUGAGGUAUUGCCUCAUUUAAAUGAUGCUGAAAUGAAGAGUAUACAAGCCAUUGUUAAUACACAUCAUCAUUAUGACCAUGCUGGUGGUAAUAAGGAAAUUUUAAGUAAAUUGCAACCUUUAAGUAGUGGCCAUCCAAUUCAAAUUAUAGGUGGUUCAAAAUACUGUGAAGCUGUUUCAGAGGUACCAGAAAAUCUACAAAACUAUAGUUUAGGAGACCUAAUAAUUUCAUGUAUCAAGACCCCAUGUCAUACUAAGGAUUCGAUCUGUUAUUAUGUGAAAGAUCCAUCAACUGGAGAGCAAUGCAUUUUCACUGGUGAUACUUUAUUUACUGCUGGGUGUGGUAGAUUCUUUGAAGGUAAUGGCGCUGAAAUGGAUAACUCAUUAAAUUCUGCAAUUCUAAAUUCUGUUGGAAGAGAGAACUUAGGUAAGACAUAUGUUUAUCCAGGUCAUGAAUAUACCAAAAGUAAUGCACUCUUUGUGCGUUCAAUGAUAUAUCCAAAGAUUGGUGACAAUAAAGCCUUUGACAGUUUAGAAAAAUUCGCCAAUGACAAUGAUGUCACCACAGGUCAUUACACCUUAGCAGAUGAACUUGAAUUUAAUCCAUUUAUGAGAAUUGAUGAUCCUGCAGUCAGAAUGGCAGUUGGUGACAAAAGUUCAACUUGGCCAAGGGAAAAGGUAAUGGAUAAACUAAGAGAGAUGAAAAACUCCAUGUAA